GUUUGGUCAGAGUUAAUGUUUGUAUUUAAAAGGCAUUACCCGUUUGCCGUGUUUUUCAUCUCUCAGGAAACACUGGCAAACUUGGAGAGACAGAUCUAUGCUUUUGAAGGAAGCUACCUGGAAGACACUCAGAUGUAUGGCAACAUUAUCCGUGGCUGGGAUCGGUAUCUGACCAACCAGAAAAACUCCAAUAGCAAAAACGAUCGAAGGAACCGGAAGUUCAAGGAAGCUGAGCGGCUCUUCAGUAAAUCUUCGGUCACCUCAGCAGCUGCAGUAAGUGCAUUGGCAGGAGUUCAAGACCAGCUCAUUGAAAAGAGGGAGCCAGGAAGUGGCACGGAAAGUGAUACUUCUCCAGACUUCCACAAUCAGGAAAAUGAGCCCAGCCAGGAGGACCCUGAGGAUCUGGAUGGAUCUGUGCAGGGAGUGAAACCUCAGAAGGCUGCGUCUUCUGCUUCCUCAGGGAGCCACCACAGCAGCCAUAAAAAACGAAAGAACAAAAACCGGCACAGCCCGUCUGGCAUGUUUGAUUAUGACUUUGAGAUUGAUCUGAAGUUAAACAAAAAACCACGAGCUGACUAUUAGAAGACUCCUUAGCACAGAAGCUUCCAGGCUGUAGAGCCCUGCUCCCCUCCUCUGACCUCACCUGCGUGCGUGGCCGUCCACCUCUGCUUUCCCAGACCCAGUGCCUGUGACUCUGAGUAGUUUGUUCUGAAAUGUGGUGACAAACAUGUUGUUUCUGUAAGACCGCAUCGGAUCGCUCACCGUGUGUCAUUUUUAGUAACAGAACCGCAGGAGGACCAAGACCUGGUCACAGCCCCAGCAAGUCGCCAACUGUGUUUCUCCCUUCCUGGAAUGACUGUCCCCCCACUGGCUGGCACCAGCUUCAUCUGUGACACCCAUCAAGAAACGCCCUCUGCUUUUGUUUUAUGCUGAAAGUAGACGACAGGUCACCCUGCAGUGGGAGGCUGUAAAUAUCUGGCAUUUUCUUAUUUUGUUCAUGUUUUAUUAUUUUUCUACUGUUGUUUUUACCAUCUUAUUUUCUUUUGGGACUUUUUGUACUGCCGAUGUCCAGCUCGUACCUUCCUGCUGACAGAGCUGAUCAUCUGUUUCGUGCAGUUGCCAAAGUUCUUAACUGAAGAUAAUCUGGUUCACCAUAAAUAAAAUGGGGAAUUUGGCUCUGUUUGUUUGCAGGAGGAAGGUAAAGAGCGUCUAUUUAAUGAUUACCUAUCUUAAAUCUUUCUGAGUUGGAAGCAGUUUCAUGUUCAAGGAACAGGAAAAGCUGAAAAACAUAAGUUUAAAUCAAUCCUUUAAAAAUAGAUAUUUUUAUUUUUUUGUAUAAAUAAAUUUUCACAGGCUUUGACUUCUCAUGCUUUACUUUUAAACCUGAGAUCAUUUUUUCACUUAUUUUAAAAUAAUUUAUUCAUAUCAUGCCUUAUGGAAAUUUCUUUCUUUUUCCAUCUUUUCUCUCUUUGCUGGUAUUUGCCUGAUUAAAUGUUGCUCUAAAAAUCACUAAGACAAAUAGAAAGGCUCAGAAUUGCACCCAAAGCUGAUACCGUAUGGAAGUUCUUGAGCAGAGUGAAAGAUAGGAUCAAGGAGAGCCAGUGAGGCCCAGCAGACCGCCUCCUCACAGGGCUCGACGGGCUGAGGAACGCGGCGACACUGGCUGCCUGCCUCCCGAGCAGUGGUGAGCUGCCUCGGCUGCACGUUGGAAUCACCUGGGAAGCUUAAAAAAACACUGAUGCCUGGGUCCCACACCCAGAGACUCUGCCCGGGGGCCAUCUAGUUAUUGGGAUUUCCUUUCGAGGAGUCCCUGGGAUUCUGGUCGGAAGCCAAGUUGAGAACCACUGCCUUGGGAGACGGGCUGGUUUCAUUUAAAUCCUGGGUUGUGAAUCAGUCCAUGGGAGAGAUUUGGGGCCUCACCCUUCCUUUGACUCUAUUUAGUCGUAGUCCUUUACUUAUGCCCAUAUCUUUGUUAGAAAAGCUGUUUCCUUUGUGAUAAUCUUGGUAGAGCUGAAUAUGGAUGGCAUCUAUUAUCAAAACAAGUCUACUUGUCAAAUGUGCAAAAGCUUUCACUCUUUUCUCAAAUAAACUUUUUUUUUGACUCUG